AUGCGUACGCCGUUUCCUGACCUGCUGGACUCCGACAGCACAAACAGCGCCUCAUACACCGGCAAGGGCUUCUUCCACGAACCCCUCUCCAACAUGGACAGUGAUCUCAAGUGGCAGACCUCGGGGCAAGGCAGUGGCUAUAACGUUCAUGACCGCACGGGAUGCUCCGAGGACCUGGAAUCCCUUCCCCCCGUAAGCAUGAUGGAGAUCCCUGUCAGCUCCUCGAGGGCUCAUUCGCCCGGCGUACAAUCACUGGAGUACGCACCGGAGUCGCUCUCACACUAUCUCUCGCCUGAAAACUAUGUCUCACACCGGCGGGACUCCUGCAUCAGCGACACAAUGGGCUCGGUCUAUGCCUGGUCCAAUGCUUCCUCAACCGCAGAGCUAUAUCUUAGGGCUACUCCACCGCCCUCUUCCGUCGGCAGAUCCGGGACCACCUCGCCCUUCAUGCAAGACUAUCUUAUGCCGGGACACUCUGGCCAAUUACCCCUACCCUCUUCUUUUACAGAUAUCCCCGGGUAUACUCCUCCAUCCAUCGAUGGCCUAGGUCUGGAGCCUGAGCCCCCUGGCGGGUUCUACCCAGCCCUCAGCCCGCUCCAUUACCCCUCCGCCAUCCCAGACAAUAUGUGUACUGCCGCCGAGUCCUGGAUGCCACUUCCCGCGGCCUUCGUAGGGCCUUCCGCCAUGUCAUCACCCAACCUCUCUGCCCCAGACGCCUUCCUCUCUCCACCACCGUCAACAGCCAUCUUCCCCAACGCUCCAACCAGCAACCCCGUAUCCGGAGACUCCGCAUCCAUCCUCAGCACCUCCCCAACACCAACCUUUACCUCAGACCUAGACGGCUCCCCACCAGGAACGUCCUCCUCACGGACCCGUCCUUCUUCUCCAUCAUCACCCAGCGACCUCACCCGAUACGGCAUCCCCAUUGGUGAUGGCGCCUGGCGCUGCGCCCACCCAGGCUGCUCAUCGCAGGCCAUCUUCCGUCGUGGCUGCGACCUGCGCAAGCACUACAACCGCCACCGCAAGCAUCUCUUCUGUCGCCACGAAGGCUGUCCACAGGCUACGCACGGUGGGUUCUCUUCGAAGAAGGACCGUGCUCGCCACGAGGCAAAACAUAAUCCCGGCAUUGUCUGCGAGUGGCACGGCUGCGGUCGUGUGUUCAGUCGCGUCGAUAAUAUGAAAGAUCAUGUACGGCGUAUUCAUCGGAGAACUGGGCCUCACUGA